UGCAAUAUAUUAGUAGAAGAACUGGAAGGAAGCAAAAAGUUGUUUGACUUUAGUUUACUCAAUUUACGUGGAGAGUGAGGCUGUGCUUGUGCUCAAUCAAGGGGUCGAUUUUGGACAGCAAAUUUUCUACCGUGUGAAAUUACAAGGUGAAGGUCGUCCUGAUUCCUUCACCGUGUAACGCAGACAGCCUUACCGUAUUAUCCACACGUAUCCAAUAUAUGUAACUCACAUAGAAAUGCUCUUGUCCACUUCUGCUCGGUAUUGUCACAAGUUGUCAUCUGUCCUCCUCCGUCAUCUCCACUCCAGCAGAAACAUGUCGAGUUCUUCCCUUCUCAUUUCCAAUCCGAAAUAUUCCUUCCUCAAAAAUGACCUCGGACUUGAGGAGGUCAACCCGGGUGUUUAUGAUGGACAAUGGAAAGGUUCUGGACAAGUGAUUACAUCCAUCUGUCCGGCAAACGGUCUUCCCAUCGCCUCUGUAACGCAAGGUACCGUUUCUGACUAUAAUGCCGCCGUCUCUGCUGCUUCUAAAGCUUGGGAGGAAUGGGUCGACAUCCCGGCGCCAAAACGUGGCGAAAUUGUGAGACAAAUCGGGGAUGCUCUCCGUCUCAAGUUGGAACCACUGGGAAAACUUGUGGCGUUGGAGAUGGGGAAAAUUCUACCAGAAGGGAUCGGUGAAGUUCAGGAAUAUGUCGACAUUUGCGAUUAUGCCACCGGCUUGAGUCGCAUGUUGGAGGGGAAGUUGAUUCCCUCUGAGAGACCAGGACACGUUCUCAUGGAGGCGUGGAAUCCUCUCGGGGUUGUCGGAAUUAUCUCAGCGUUCAACUUCCCGGUGGCCGUAUUCGGAUGGAAUAAUGCGAUUGCAAUGGUCUGUGGAAACACCAUGGUUUGGAAGGGUGCUCCCACAACGUCCCUCUGCUCCGUGGCGACGACAAAGAUUGUGGCAUCCGUUCUGGAAAAGAACAACUUGCCAGGUGCGAUCUGUUCCUUGGUGUGUGGCGGGGCCGAUAUCGGUUCAGCCAUGGCAGAUGAUAAGCGAGUUCCACUCGUAUCCUUCACUGGUAGUACACAAGUCGGUGGAAAGGUGGGUGUCGCAGUUCAAUCUCGUUUCGGCAAGAGUCUCCUUGAACUCGGAGGAAACAACGCGAUCAUCGUGGCAGCCGAUGCUGACUUGGAUAUGGUUGUUCGAGCUGCGGUAUUCGCUUGUGCUGGUACAGCUGGACAGCGCUGCACCACCACGAGACGCCUCAUCCUCCAUGAGCAGGUGCAUGACGAAGUUGUGACAAGACUGGUGAAGGCGUACGAACAACUGGUUCCCAGGACUGGAGAUCCUCUCGAAACUGGGACACUCCUCGGACCGAUGCACUCCACCGUCGGGAUCGACAACUACAAGGCCACCUUAGAAGAGGUCAAGAAGUUGGGGGGCAAGAUUGCGUUUGGUGGAAAAGUAAUGCAGCGUGCUGGAAAUUACGUCGAACCAACCAUUGUGACCGGACUCCCGACAAAUUCUCCUGUCGUACUCCGCGAGACUUUUGCUCCAAUUGUGUACGCUCUAAAAGUUAAGGAUGUCGAUGAAGCAAUCAAAGCGAACAACAAUGUCGAGCAGGGUCUUUCUUCCUCCAUAUUUACACAGAAUAUCGGACAUAUUUUCCAGUGGCUGGGACCCAAAGGUUCUGACUGUGGCAUCGUAAAUGUUAACAUUCCAACGAACGGGGCUGAAAUUGGGGGAGCUUUUGGAGGUGAAAAGGCCACGGGAGGAGGACGCGAAUCAGGCUCAGAUUCUUGGAAGCAAUACAUGCGUCGCUCCACGAUAACCAUAAAUUAUACGAAGGAGCUUCCACUCGCACAAGGAAUUAAAUUUGAGUAAUAAUUAAUAAUUGCGAAUCAGAUUGUUUGAACAAAAUUAGAAAUUUCAGAAGAAAAAUUUAUUACAUUCAAGUGCACAAUAAUAAAAAUGUGGUUUUUUCAA